AAUUCAUCAGUUAAAAUAAUUUAAAACCAAUAUUAAUUUUAGAAAAGGGAAUGGGAAAUGAUGAGAGUAGGGAGAGAAAAUAGGGGAGAGCAUUAAUGGUAAGAAGAAAAAAAAAACAUUGGCAAAUUCCAAACCCCUGAACAAAAAUGGGAGGGACUGGUCAAAUCCCCUCAAGCAACGGUUUGUGGUCAAUGAAAACAUUUCCAUCCUCUCUUUUUGUUUUUUUGGUGAAUAAUUCCAUUCUCUCUCUUCCUCGACGAGAAAAAGAAGCCCUUUAUUUGCGCGGGAAAGGUGGAUUUUCAAUAACCCACUCAACAUUACAGUUACUGUUCUUCAGGAGGAACACCCGCCAAGAAAGAGAGAAAAAAAAAAGAAAAAGAGAGAGACAGCAAGAUCAUCAAAACGAUCCCCAGAUUCGCCAUAACUGAAACCCAAAACCCUAAUCAAUAAAAAAAAUAAGAAAAAAAAAAUCGCUCCGUUGAAUUUCAAUCAUGGCGCAAGCCCAUCCGGAGAAGAAGGUCAUCGACCAAGAAACUUCUUCUUCUCUGCAGAGCACCAUCAGCAACAACAAUAAGGAGAUGAUGAUCACGGCGAUGAUGAAGGAAAAUGCCAAGCCACCGCCAACCACCCCCUCUGCCGGCAGCGACGCCACGGGUUGCAGCAGCGCCUCGGCGGCGGCCGCGUCGUUCAAAUUCAAUGCUCAGGCUCCCGAGUUCGUACCCAGAUCGCAUUCCACCGGCGUUGCAGCUAUCGCGGCUGCUACCGCUGCCGCAGCUGCGCAACAGAUGCCCCCAAUCUCCGGAUAUUUCUACCCUUGCUUUCAUUACCUGGGCGCUGCCGGUGGCUCCGAUUGGUUCUUCCUCGGUGACCAGGACGCUUCUUCAGCUGCCGCCGCCGCUUAUUUGAUCUCGAACCCGAAUCUCGCCUUACCUAAUUGUUCCAACAAGGAUUCUCCCCAGGUUCUCACCGAAGAGCUCCGUCAAAAAAUUGUCAAGCAGGCGGAAUACCAGUUCAGCGAUAUGAGUCUUCUUGCAAAUGAAUCCAUGUCAAAGCACCUGAGCAAAGAUCCCGAAGGCUAUGUGCCAAUCUCUGUGAUUGCUUCCACAAAGAAAAUGAAGUCUCUUACCAGUAACCAUCAUUUGAUCACUCAGGCACUCAAAUCAUCUCCCAAACUCGUUGUGCAUGAAGAUGCAAGGAGGGUUAAACGUAAGAUACCUUUCACUGAAAAAGAGAGAGAGGAAUUGCAGUCUCGUACUGUGGUAGUGGAGAAUUUGCCUGAGGAUCACUCUCAUCAAAACCUUGAGAAGAUAUUUGGUGUUGUUGGAAGCGUCAAAACAAUCAGGAUUUGCCAUCCUCAGGAAUCUAACUCGUCCCGGUCUAAAAGCGAUUUCUUCAUGAGCAACAAGCUACAUGCGCUAGUGGAGUUUGACACACCAGAUGUAGCUGAGAAAGCGGUGGAGAAGUUGAAUGAUGAAAGGAAUUGGAGGAAAGGGUUGCGAGUCAGGUUGCUCCUCAGAUGCUCUCCCAAAUCGGUGCUCAAGAGCAGGAAGUCAGAAUUCGAAGGCAUAUUGGACGAUGAAGAGGGACCAUUUUCUGAUUCACUCGAUGAUAUCUCUAUCCCAAACACUGCAGAUCUCACUUCUGAGUCUAAUUUGGACGAAAAUUCGGGAUCCUCGAAGAAGGCGGGAUGUGGAAGAGGGAGAGGGAAGGGAAGAGGUGGAAGGCUGCAAAGCCAUGGCAGCGGGAGAGGGCUUCUCUCGCCAUUUCCACAGGCUAUGAUGAGCAGCAGCAGCAGCAGCAGUGCAUUUGAUGCAGCAUUGUCAGUUAAACAUAACGCUACAAAGGGUCCAAGAAUGCCUGAUGGAACCAGGGGGUUUACCAUGGGAAGAGGCAAGCCAUUGAUGGUGGCUUCUCCUGCAGCAGCAUUGGUGGAAUGAGAUUCACAUUUCCUAUGAUGAGAAAGAAACAAAGCAUGCAACUUUUGAGAGGUGUUUCUGUCGACAAGUAGUCUUACAGUUCCAUUUUUGUUUGUUCUGUUUCCUUCCUUUUUUUAAAAAAAAUUCUAUUCCUGGAUUUGUGUAGAGGUUGAGAGGUAAGAAGGGAUCUUUUUCUAUUUCUUUUGACCUGGGGUUUAUGGUGCCAAUGAUUUUUCGCCUGUUUUAGAGAUGAGAAAUCCUUCUUGGAAUCAAAUAAGUUUCAUGAGGUGUAUAGUGUGCUACUGGUCUAUGUAUUAGUAUGAAAGUUGGUAUGUUCUUCUGACCCAACAAUGCAAAGGGUGGUGGCUAGAGUUGGGGUUUCCUUUGGUUGAGAAGCAAUUUUGGUUCACUCUAUUACUGUAUAACACUUAUGUUUUGAAUAAAGGACUUCAUAAUAC